AUGGCCGACACAAUCAUUCAUGCAGAGGAUCCUGAGAAUGCAGGCACCAUCGAGCUCAAGGAGAACACCGUCAUCGUUGUUCUAGGUGCCUCCGGCGAUCUCGCAAAGAAGAAGACUUUCCCUGCGCUGUUUGGAUUGUUCCGCAACAAGUUCCUCCCAAAAGACAUCAAGAUCAUUGGAUAUGCUCGGACUAAGAUGGACCACACUGAAUACCUUCGAAGAGUCAAGUCAUACAUCAAGACCCCGACGAAAGAGGUGGAGGAACAGCUCGACCAAUUUUGCUCCGUCUGCACAUACCUCUCCGGCCAGUACGAUCAAGAUGCACCUUUCCAGGAGCUCGACAAGCACAUCACGGAGAUCGAGAAGAACCGCAAGGAGGGAAACAGAGUCUUCUACAUGGCAUUGCCCCCCAGUGUCUUCAUCACUGUGUCGGAGCAUCUGAAGCGGAAUUGCUACCCCAAGAAAGGAAUUGCGAGAAUCAUCAUCGAGAAGCCUUUUGGCAAGGAUUUGGCAAGCUCCCGGCAGUUGCAGAGGGCCCUCGAGCCCGAUUGGAGAGAAGAGGAGAUCUUCCGUAUCGACCACUAUCUCGGAAAGGAGAUGGUGAAGAACUUGCUCAUCCUCCGAUUCGGCAACGAGUUCCUCGGCGCCACUUGGAACCGCAACCAUAUCGACAGCGUCCAGAUCACGUUCAAGGAACCCUUCGGUACCGAGGGACGUGGUGGCUACUUUGACGAGUUCGGCAUCAUCCGCGAUGUCAUGCAAAACCACCUGCUCCAAGUCCUAACUCUCCUUGCCAUGGAGCGACCCAUCUCAUUCUCCUCAGAAGACAUUCGUGACGAGAAAGUCAGAGUACUCAGAGCGAUGCCAGCUAUUGAGCCCAAGAAUGUCAUCAUUGGGCAAUAUGGUAAGUCCUUGGAUGGCACCAAGCCUGCCUACAAGGAAGAUGAUACCGUCCCCAAGGACUCGCGGUGUCCCACCUUUUGCGCACUGGCCACAUUCAUUAAGAAUGAGCGAUGGGAUGGUGUGCCCUUCAUUCUUAAAGCAGGCAAGGCUCUCAAUGAGCAGAAGACUGAGAUCCGGAUUCAGUUCAAGGAUGUGACCUCUGGUAUUUUCAAGGACAUCCCGAGAAAUGAACUCGUCAUCCGAAUUCAGCCAAACGAGUCAGUCUACCUCAAGAUGAACUCGAAGUUGCCAGGCUUGUCUAUGCAGACCGUCGUCACCGAGCUCGAUCUCACCUACCGACGUCGCUUCUCCGAUCUGAAGAUCCCUGAGGCCUACGAGAGUUUGAUCCUUGAUGCUAUGAAAGGCGAUCACUCGAACUUUGUGCGUGAUGAUGAAUUGGAUGCCAGCUGGAGAAUCUUCUCACCACUGUUGCACUACCUCGACGACAAGAAGGACAUCGUCCCUAUGGAGUAUCCUUAUGGCUCCCGAGGUCCCGCGGUCCUCGACGACUUCACCGCCUCGUAUGGCUACAAAUUCAGCGAUGCUGCCGGUUAUCAGUGGAACACCCAAAGCACCCCCAACAAGCUGUGA